UGUGCUAUGAACAGAUCCAUACAGCUGGUUUACACACAUCUGUUAAGGAGUACCUGUCCAUCAACUCACACAGCGACAGAAACAUGGCUUCCGUGCUGUCUGAGGAGCAGUUUCGGUGCAGCAUUUGUCUGGAUAUCUUCAAAAACCCUGCCUCGAUCCCAUGUGGGCAUAAUUUCUGCCUGGAGUGCAUCAAACGCUUCUGGGAUACGAGACACAAGUCUGAGUGCCCUCUUUGCAAAGAGGCCUUCAAAAACCGUCCCAACCUCAGGAUCAACGUAGACUUGAAAGACAUCACUGAAAAAUUUAAACGGUCUCUGAGGGGCAAACCAGCAUACAAGCCACCCCCGAUGAAACAGGUUUCAAGACACCCUUCUAAGUCUGAUUUUCCCUGUGAUCUCUGCCAUGGAGAAGAGUCCGUGGCGGUCAAGUCGUGCCUUGUCUGCCAGGUGUCAUACUGUGAACUUCACCUGAUGCCUCACCUGAGGGAUCCAGUGAUGACGAAGCACAGACUGAUGGAUCCGGCCACCUUCAUCACCAGUCACCUCUGCAGAAAUCACAACAGGCUCCUGGAGAUGUUCUGCAAGAAAGACCAGGUGCCAGUGUGUGUGAAAUGCACCGAGAGGGACCAUAAACACCAUGAUACCAUCCCUAUUGAGAAGGAGAGCAAGAGGAUCAAGACUCAGAUGAAGAGGACUGAAACUGAGUUCCAGCAGAUGAUCCAAGCCAGAAUCAGAAAGAUUAAGGAGAUCAAAAAUUCACUGGAGCUCAGCAAAACAAAUAAAAACAAGGAAAUACAGGCAAGUGUUGAGGUCUUUACGAUGGUGAUAAGUACCAUUGAGAGGAACCAGGCUUUGCUCCUCGAAGAGAUUGAGAAGAGACAUGAGGCAGCUGAAAAGAGAGCAGAGGAGUUUCUCAAAGAGCUGGAGCAAGAAAUUAAUGAACUGCAGAGGAGAUGCAGUGAGCUGCAAUACCUGGAGCACACUGAGGACCCUCUUCAUCUCCUACAGAGUUUCCCCUCUCUGAGAGUUCCACUGUCCACCAGGGACUGGUCCAGGGUCAGAGUUCACUCAGACAUCUACAUCGGGACAGUGAGGAGAGCUUUUUCCAAGCUGAUGGACGUCUGCCAUGAACUUGAAAAGAAACUGUCUUCAGAAGAAUUGACAAAGACGAAUCAAUAUGCAGUGGAUGUAACUUUGGAUCCUGCGACUGCUGCAGGCUGGCUGACUCUGUCCCCAGACGGAAAACAGGUGAGCCUCAGCAGCCAACAGAGGAAAGUCCCCCUGCCCGACGACCCCCGCAGGUUCGACUCCUGCGUCUCUGUUCUGGGGAAACAAAGCUUCACCUCUGGCCGAUGCUACUGGGUGGUUCAGGUUGGAGAUAAAACAGACUGGGAUCUUGGUGUAGCAAGGGAGUCCAUCAACAGAAAGGGCGCCAUCACGGUGCGCCCCGACAGCGGUUACUGGGCGAUCUGCAGGCGUAAAGCAGGCAGUCUGAGCGCAUGCGCCGGCCCCUCCGUCACCCUCCACCUCCAGGAGACCCCUCAGAAAGUGGGCGUGUUCCUGGACUACGAGGAAGGGUCGGUGUCCUUCUACAACGCAGAAGCAAAGACUCACAUCUACACCUAUAGCGGGUGCACCUUCACUGAGGCCCUCUACCCGUACUUUAACCCCUGUCUUCAUGACAACGGGAAGAACACCGCCCCGCUGGUUAUCUGUCCUGUGGAGGCUGGGUUCACUGGAGAGGCAGAGUUUUUUACCUGAGGAGGUUAAAAAAGCUUAAAUCAACAAACGAACCUGUCCACAUCUCCACUGGUUUGCCCUAGAGGGUUGUUGAUCCUGAUGUUUGCCCAGUGGUGUGUGUUUCUGUGAACAAAUCCCAUAAAAUGACCAAAACCAACAAUGAAUUGAUUCUACUUUUGUCUGUGUAUACUACUGCUACUGUCUGCGUAUAGUACUUUUAGCUUGUCGCAUGUUAUUCAAGGGUUAGGGUCUUGGACUAAAAUGCAAAGUUAACAUAAACCAUGUUUAUAGUUGUGGAACUGUUUACCAGCUGCUGUUUAUGAUAAUCCUCACUUUCUGUUCAAUCAUGUUUAUGCACUGUAAAUGUUUGCGAUGAGUUUUUAUCAUUUUUCACACUGUUCUGUUCGACAUUUUUCCUUUUCAAAACUCAAAUUUGUCUCCUUUGGACACUGUUAGUUUGUAUCAGCUGUUACAUGUUAAACUCUUGAUUAGUAGACCUCAUUUACAGCUGCUGCUAGUUAGCAAAAAUCUCAAUAUAAAACGUCUUGUGAAGGAUUGUUUGAGUUAUUUCAUCAAUCCCUCAUAUAUGAAAAAGUCUACCAAAUAUGAUUUUUUAAUGGAUAUUGUCUCACAUAUUUGUAGAAAAUGUUAUCCUGUAUGGGCCUAUUUUUGUCAUUUAUUUUAUUUUUAAGAUACAUCUGCUGCUUUUGUAGAAGCAGUAAUCACAACAACCUCAAAAUUUACCUCAUGUAUUUCUCCAUGUUUAUUGGAUUUAUUUUUUGCUUACACUUGUGAAGACAUAUAACCACAAGAUCAAGAUCAUUUCUGAGGGUGUGAGCUUUCAGUGAUCAAAGAAUUGUAUAUACUUUUGCACAAACUCGGUAAACUUCAUCGAACACAAACCCCACACUCCUUUGAAUCAAAGCACUUAGCAGGUGGCGUAUGUUAUUAAUAAAUGCUUCACCUCUUAAAA